UGCACACAGGAGGGAGCUUCAGCUGAAGAGGCAGGAAUGAAGUGCCUUCUGCAGCUGCUGUUUAAUUUCGUAACACUUUCUUCUGCAUUUCCACCAGACCGGAAGGACAGAAAUGGGGGGAACGAUCUGCUGGCCCAGGCGUACCUCAACCAGUUCUACUCGCUUGAAAUAGAAGGGAGUCAUCUUGUCCAAAGCAAGAACAGGAGUCUCCUGGACAGCAAACUUCGGGAAAUGCAGGCAUUUUUUGGGUUGACAGUGACCGGAAAGCUGGACUCAGACACCCUUGAGAUCAUGAAGGUGCCCAGGUGUGGGGUGCCCGAUGUGGGGCAGUAUGGCUACACCCUCCCAGGGUGGAGAAAACACAACCUCACAUACAGAAUAAUGAACUACACUCCCGAUAUGACACGAGCUGAUGUGGAUGAGGCUAUUCAGAAAGCUCUAGAUGUUUGGAGCAAGGUCACUCCACUGAUGUUCACCAAGAUUUCCAAGGGGGUUGCAGACAUCAUGAUAGCCUUUAGGACUGGAGGUAAGGCUUGCGAUGGAGGGGGGCAUGCUGAAGAUCUCAGGAAGCUGACCUUUCUCCCCAUUAUUAUCUCAGUCCAUGGCUGGUGUCCUCGUUAUUUUGAUGGUCCCUUGGGAGUCCUUGGCCAUGCCUUUCCUCCUGGUCUGGGUCUAGGUGGUGACACUCACUUUGACGAAGAUGAAAACUGGACAGCCAAGGAUGGGGAUGGGUUCAACUUGUUUCUCGUGGCUGCUCAUGAAUUUGGCCACUCCCUGGGGCUCUCUCACUCCAAUGAUCAAACAGCUUUGAUGUUCCCCAAUUAUGUCUCCCUGGAUCCUAGCAAAUACCCACUUUCUCAGGAUGAUAUUGACGGAAUCCAGUCUAUCUAUGGAAGUCCACCCAGGGCACCCACCAAGCCAAAGGGAGCCCCUGAGCCCCAUGCCUGUACAGACCCUGGCCUGGCUAUGGAUGCUAUCACUACCUUCCGCGGGGAAGUCAUGUUCUUUAAAGGCAGGCACUUAUGGAGGACCUACUUCGACAUUGCUGAUGUUGAAUUUGUAUCCAUUGCUUCCAUCUGGCCAUCUCUGCCAGCUGACCUUCAAGCUGCCUAUGAAAGCCCCAGAGAUCAGAUCCUUGUUUUCAAAGAUAAGAAUUUCUGGGUGAUAAGGGGGUAUGCCGUCUUGCCUGAUUACCCCAAAUCCAUCCACACACUCGGGUUUCCAAGACGUGUGAAGAAAAUAGAUGCAGCUGUCUGUGACCACACCACGAGGAAAACCUUCUUUUUUGUGGGCAUCUGGUGCUGGAGGUAUGAUGAGACAGCACAGGCCAUGGACAAAGGGUUCCCACAGAGGAUAGUGAAGCACUUCCCAGGAAUUGGUCUCCGUGUGGACGCUGUCUUCCAGCACAAAGGCUUCUUCUAUUUCUUCCGUGGAUCAAGGCAAUUUGAGUAUGAUAUUAAGGCAAAGAAUGUCACCCGAGUGAUGAGAACCAAUACUUGGUUCCACUGUAAAGAACCAUUAAACUCAUCAUUCAAUGUUGACAUCAAAGAAAAAGCACACUCAAUCGGAACAGUGAUACUACAUCAUAAAAGUGUAAGCUUGUUCAUUUUCAGUGUUGUUCAUGUGCUGACAAAAACAUACAGUUAACAAUAAA